UUCAACGUCAAAGAGCAAAAGCGUUAAUAAAUCCCUUAAUUACUUAUAAACAACCGACAAAAUUUUUGCAAUAGAAAUCACAUUCGGUGAUAUAAGCGAGAUUCCCAAUUUUUCGCUAUAUCGUGCUCUUACAACAUAAUCGAAUAAUAAAAUAUAAGAUUUAUGGAAAUCAAAACAACCCCCAAAAUACCAAAAAAUUCAUCACAAUAUUCAACAAAUUGGAAGUGCUUGUUAAAGAAAAUUGAGAAAAAUAGAAAUCCUAGAACCAUCAGAAAAAAAUUUAAAUCUAAUAAUCAACAUUUUUUAGAUAAGAAAGUUUUAAAUACAGAUUCUCAUUUGUUAAAUACUAAAUAUAUAGCAAUAGAUUGUGAAUUUGUGGGAACUGGAUAUAAUGGACAAGAAAAUCAUUUAGCCAGAGUGUCAAUUGUUAAUAAAAAUGGUCAAUGUAUUUAUGAUACAUUUGUAAAACCUAGAGAAAAAAUUACAGAUUUCCGAUAUGAUAUAACUGGAAUGACAUAUAAGGAUAUGAAUGAAGGUAAAUCCUUUAAAGUUGUACAAAAAGAUGUGGCAGAUAUAUUAAAGGAUAAAAUAUUAGUGGGCCAUGCACUGAAGAAUGACCUAAAAGUUUUAUACCUAACUCAUCCCAGAAGCAAAAUACGUGACACUUCAAAACAUAAAUUCUUUUGUCAAGCAGUCAAGACAAAAUAUCCUUCUUUAAAAAAAUUAGCAAAAAUUUUUCUAGAUACAAAUAUUCAAAAUGGGAUACAUAAUCCAAUUGAAGAUGCUAAGACAGCAAUGAUGCUAUUUCUUUCAAGAAAAAAAGAAUGGGAGAAAGAGUUACGUAAUAAAAGAUUUAAAAAUAAUAUCAAGUCUUAGAACCACUCAUAAUCAGGAAAAAAAAAUUAAUAUCUGAACAACUGACCAUUAAAACUAUUCCAUUCAUUUUUUUCGAAAAUAUGAUAAAAUUCGAUAUUAUAAAAUUAUUAUAAUUUAUAUUGAUAUAAAAUUUACAACAUUUUAUAUUUCGCAAAUAUUUUCACAACAAAAUUCAUAUUUUUAAAAAAA